UUCUCCCCAGGUUGCAGCUCCCCUCCAGCCACCUGCGCGUGUUCGGGAUCGAAGCGCAGUCAGGAGGGGAGCUCAGUCCACCAGCCACUCCAGGGAGAGACGGAAACUACAACUCCCAUCACGCCCCGCAGCCGGCUCCCUCCUCCUCCCUCUCCUUCCCCUUCAGCCUGCGGCCGGGCGGCGCUGGGCUUUUAUCUGCGGACCCGGUGGGAGGGAGCCAGAUCCCAGCGAUCUUCCCCGACGGCAGUUCUUUAACCGGAGGCGACCGGCGGCUCGUAGCAGAGUUCAGCUCUGCGUCCACGCCAGCCCGGAGCCCGGGGGCAAGGGGUCUGUCCCGGGCGCACCGAGAGGAUGGUCAUCCGCGUGUUCAUCGCCUCUUCUUCGGGCUUCGUGGCGAUAAAGAAGAAGCAGCAAGAUGUGGUUAGAUUUCUGGAAGCCAACAAGAUAGAGUUUGAGGAGGUGGAUAUCACAAUGUCAGAAGAACAGAGGCAGUGGAUGUACAAAAACGUCCCCCCGGAAAAGAAACCCACUCAGGGCAACCCCCUGCCCCCUCAGAUAUUUAAUGGCGACCGAUACUGUGGAGAUUAUGACAGUUUUUUUGAAUCCAAGGAAAGCAACACAGUCUUUUCAUUUUUAGGCCUGAAACCACGGUUGGCAUCAAAGGCAGAACCUUAGAGAAGAGUGGAAGAUGACGGAGAUGCAUUUUGAAGCACCCCCUGGUACUCAGCACACACAUGCUUACCUAAUGCAUCACUGUGACAAAAGCCACACGCAUUAUCAGUAACUUUGCUUGCCACGGAAAAGGUGUUUUUGAAAGAUGUGGAUAUAAUGGGAAUUGCAUGAUUGCUUUAAGCCAAAUCAGGUGGUGGAUUUUUUUUUCUUAUUUUAUUUGCCUGCAGUUGCCUCACUCACUGGAAAUACUGUCACCUGUUACAGGUGUACUUUCUUAAUGACUGAAAGAUAAGUGGGUGGCACCAUCAGAGAGAAAAUGUUGGAUCUGCCCUAGGUUAUAGUAGAUGCCGGAAUUGCGUAAACCCACUUAUCUUUAAGCUGCCUGGAUUGCAUCUUUGAAAUUUGUCUGCCAAGUUGUUAGAAUCUUUGAAUCAGAAGGAAAAAAAGCAGCGCUGUUUGACAAAGGGUGUUGAAGAUUUUUGCUGCAGAAUCACUUACAAACACCACGGUUCCUGUGCUUUGUAAUAACACCUGGUGAAAAAGUUAGCUAUACUAGAUUUGUUUUAGUAAUGGAAACUCUUACCCCUGUAUAUUAUCCAAGCUCCUACAGAUGUUUCCAGAAAUCACUGUUGUAACAUCAAGUGAUCAGAACCAAGUUACUGGGAUGACAAUAAUUGCUAUUUGAAAUACAUGCUUCUUUAUUUCUUGCAAGGGGCAAGUUUCAUCCAAAUGCCUAAGACUGCUUGAAAGAUAUAUUUUAAGUGGUGCACUAAUUAGAUAGUAAAUUUAUAGGAAAAUUGUCUGACAAGUAUCUGAAGGCAUUUUCAGCUCUAGCAAUUUAUUUAUAAUACAUAAGUAUUCAUAUAUUUUUUAAUGCAGCUCCCCUAACAGGCAGCUGCUGCUUCUAUUUUGUGAAGGGACUAUAUUUUUUGAGAAAGGAAAAUCUCAGUUAGAUAUAUUUUGUGAACCCUUGAUUAGACAUAUUAAAAUAUACCAAUAUUGUAGUAAAAUUUAAUUUUUCCUUAUGUUACUUUUCAUUUGCCUCUAACUUUGCUUGCUCAUAUUUCUGGCCAAUGUACAGCCUCAUAUUUUUCAGAGUAAUGCAGAUACUUGUUCUCAUUCCGUAUGUGAGCACAAGUAAGUUUUCAGAGCAACACAUAUGAGAAAGAGAGUAACCCGGAAUUGUACUUGUCAAGAAAAAUCUAUACUCCUAUUGGAGUGGAUGCUGAUAAACAUCGAACAUAUCUACUUCAUUAGAGCAGAGGCUAUUUUUCUGUAUUAUUGUCCUUAUAACAGGGAUGCUUAAUUUUUUUUUAAACUAAAAGAGUUUUAAAUUGCCAAACAUGGGAACAGCCUUGAAUAGGAUAAAUUUUCAGAGGACUGCCUAAAAUAUUUUAUUCCUAGCAUCCUGAUUCUGGACUUUUCAUUAUAAUCUGAGCAGGAAAUUUAUAAGAAAUUGAAAGAGCAGAAGAAUUACAGUCCUGUCACAUGUGCCCAGCACUCCGCCUCAUGCCUUGCUACAUGUAGACUAGUCUAAAGAACUUGUUGAAUGCUAAGGCUGAAAUCCCAACCUGAGAUUUGUAGUCCAGGAUUACAACCAGAAGGAAAGUAUGACAAAUUUUUACUUAACUGGAGCGGACACGUGAUCCACAAUUUUCUUUUCAAGGGAAGCUGUUGUCAAAUUAUGGAUAUUACUUGUUAGUUGUCAUUAAGAUCCAGGUCAGAUUCCGUUUGGCAAAUCCCAGGGACUAUCCAGGAAUUUUUUUUUUAACUGGAUAUUGUGUCUGAGUAUGUGAGUCUUCUGAUAAAACUUAGAAUUUCUUUUUAAGCAGUUGUAAAAAUUGUCAUGUUGUAAUUCAUUACUCAGCUAACAUUUAGUCUACUCUUGCUAGUGCAUGCCAAGAACCAACUUGGGAAGGUUGAGGCUUUGCAAGUUAACUGUUGGGGUUAUAGGAUCAAUACCAUACUUGCUAGACAAAGCUACCCAGAUUUGUCUUAUAUUAUAAUUUUUGAGUUAACCACAGUAUACCUAUUGUGAUUAUAGUAAACAGACUAGUGGGUAGUAAUGCUAAAUUACCAUCACAGUUAUGUACCAUCCCCCCAUCCCAUUUUUUUUUUUUUUUUUUUUUUGAUCAGCAAAGAAAUACAGGAGACCAGCCUCGAGUGGUGCUGUACUUGUUAUGAGAGAGGCAGCAGCACAGUGUGUGGCAUUUACAUGGUACCCGGGCUCCACAGAGUACCGAGAUGUUGCUCUCUGGGACCACAUUUAGUUCAGAGAAUAUGGGGUCCUUACUUGUAUUCUUUUAUCAGCUGAUUUCAAAACAUAUAAUAAUAAUUUUCUUGUUCCCUUCUUUAACUAGCUGCCUUUAGAUUUUGAUAAUCACAGUCUUAAAAUACUAGGAACAAGUAGAUGGGAAUUGUAGGCAUAGAUUUCGUAUCAAGGGCAUUUCAAGACAGAAUUUUUAUUUCCUGUAGUAGGCUUGUUGGAGCAAAGGAAAUGUGCUGCUAAAAAUCAACUUAUGCCAUUUUGAAAUUAGAUAAAAUACGGAGUGCCAUCCUGCUAGGUGUGUACAGACCAGAAGAAAAUUUAGUUGGGAAAAUACUUGUUUUUCCAAAUUCUGGCAUUUUAUUACAAUCAAAGAAGAGAAAAAAGCAAGGUAUUUUUUCCCCUCAGACUCUAAUAUAUUUUAGAUUUGUUUCUGUUUUAUAGAUUUAAUUCAACACUUCCACAUAGAUGUUUUUAUAUUACAUGAAUUUAAUAAUAAACUAAACUUAUUUUUUGUCUCCUGUUAUUGAAAAGUACCAAAGCUUCCUUCUGUUUUGUUUGUUUGAUUUUACUAUAGGGUUUUGCCUUUUCUAGAGAUACUUUUCAUUUAACAGCUUUUGUUAAGUGUCAGGCUACACUUUGCUCUGUAUAAUUAUUGUUUUCAGAUUUCAGUUUAUAUGUGUUUGUCUCUUAAGGCAUUGGUGAAAUCUCAGAUUUUAUAUUCAGCAUAAAGGAGAAUAAAUUCCAGAAAGCACAUAUUCUGAAAAUGGAGUGUUUGUUCCCUACCAUUUUUCACACUUCUCUUAAUUUUAGUUCUGUUUAGUUGAGAGGCUGUGAUUUUACUCUUGCCUGUGAACCUCAUGCAUGAAAGUGGCAUAUUAAAUUGUAAAAAUACAAACAGAUCGUUUGAUCAUUCAAGGAGCCAGGCAUGAGGUCCUGCACGAGAGUAUUGGGAGGACAGCAUAGAUUCAUCUCAGACAGUAAUCAGGACCGAGGAUGGAAUUAAAUCACUCAGCCCCUGGGUUGGGUGGGGUGGUUCAAAUGGAUGACUGUGUGAUCUCCUGAGUACACUGAAGCCACAGGCUGGUGGCUGUGUUCCCCGAAUUGGGUACAGAAGACAAGGGCAGAGUGGCCGUGGCCCCUAUUACCUUUGUAGCAGCCACAUCAGAAAGCAGAAGAACACAGUAUUUCUGAAGGCAUUGUCUGAGGUUGAUCUCAUCACUGAACAAUUUCAAGCCCUAAGCACCAGAACAGAAGGAGGGCGGAAGAAGGGAUCAGAGGGAACAAGCUGUAGGUUUGCAGAAAUGUGUGAAACCAAAAUGAUCACUGCCUACUUGUGACUCAAAUCUUCAGAGUUUUCUUAGUUCUUCUAGAAAUACAAGUCAGGUUUGUUUUCAUCCUUUCUGUCAGCAUGGAUCAAGCCCCUAAAAUGUGGUAAGUAUUGUCAGAGCAGGACAAUAUCUCUACUCUCAAGUAUGAGGGGAACAGAAACAAAGCAGCAGUUUUAGCCGGGGUUCAAUGAUAGAGUGGAGGUAAAUUAAGAGCCUACAGGCUGUGAUUCACCAUUUGAAACAUUAUACGUAUUUUUUUUGUUAUAAGCCAUUUGAAUUUUUAAAAAAUUUCAUACAUGCAAUGGAAUAUAGAUAUGUAUAUACACAUAUUAUAUAUGCUAAAGUAUAAAGAGUAAUAAUAAUGAUAAUCAGCAAACCCCUGUGUGCCUACCACCCACCUUAUUGCCUUUCCUUUGAGGUACCGUGUGCUCUUUCCUGAACCUCUCUAUCCCUGUCUGAUAGAGGGAGCCCUAUACUGAACUUUGUGUUGACCAUAGCCUUCUUGUCCUUCAUCGCCUUAUCUCCAUGUGUGUAUCCUUAAAGAAUAAUAAAUGGAAUUAAACUGAAUGUAUUCUUCUGUCACCUCCUUUUUAUGUUCAUUGCCAUCGGAGUUUUUUCACUGCUAAAUAUUAUUCCAUUAUGAAUAUAUUACACGUGUUCUCUUCUCCAGCUGGUGCUUAUUGAACUGCAUCUUUGUUUGAAAUAGAAAAAGGUAAUGUUGCUGUGAACAUUCUUUUAUGUGACUUCUGGUGUACAUACUCAAGAAUGGAUGUAUACUUGAAUAGAGUCGCUGGUUUGUACAAUAAAAGCACAUCAUCAGUUUUAAUAGAUAAGGCCAAAUUGCUUUCCAAAGUGCUAAUUUAUGCUCCCCACCAGUAUACUAGAAUUUGCAGCACUCUAGAUCUUUUCCAAUGUUUAAGAUAAUCAGAGUUGCAUUUUUGCCAAGCUGGGGAGUAUAAAAUGUUACCUCAUUGUGGUUUUAUUUUGUAAAUUUUUGAUUAUUAGUAAGUUGAACAUGUUUUAUUAUGGGAAUUCUUAUUUCUUUUUCUUGGCAAUCACUCUUCAUGUCUUUUGCCUCCCUUCCUAUUGAGUUUUGUUUUAAUGAUUAAUUUUUAAAGUUUCUUUAUAUUUAAUCUUUGAUUGGUCAACAUUUAUUUAAUCGUUAAAGUGAAGAGAAACCAGAGUUAAAAGAAAACUUUUCUGAGGCCAUUUCCAGAAAUAUGCUAAGCAUGUGAAUCUUUAUUCUAUUUAAGGAAAAUAAAGUUAAAUACAUACA